GUAAUAUUAUAUUAUGUUGUGAAUUUCAAAAAUUCAUUUUUAUACUCGUUAUCGAACAUAGUCUCCGACUGAUUAUGCUCGCACAUUGCAAUAAUUAAUCUAGCCGCUCAAAAAUAGUCAUUCUCUUGUCACGCACCAUCAUCUGUCAUAAAGUGAGAUAUUUCACCUCAAUAGCAAAGAUUUGUGUUGUUCAGAAUUUCUUUCUUUUUUAGAAAUUCAACAUCUAGUAGUCAAAUUUCACUUUUUAAUUAAUAUUGUAUAUGGAUUAAAAAUUGGUAAUCGACUGUCAUUUUUUAAUUUUAUUGGCUCUAAUAGACGUACCGUAUGUCGUGUGAGUAAAUUAUAGCGAUUUCUAUUUUUUUCUAUUAUUUAUAUAAUAUAAUGCACCACCGUGAAUGGGGAACUUUAUACUGAUUUUGGCAGCAACUUGUCUGUUUCCAUACUGUCCAUGUAUAACAAGCAGAGAAUAAAUUGUCAUAGACGAUGUGCAGAAAAAAAACUUAUGUGAAGUGACAUCUCCGGACUUCAACAAUGGAUAACGAAAGAGAUUUUAUUGCAUUACUGUAUUUUAUAACAUUUAUACUAUUUAUUUUUUGGUAUUAUCAACGAACAUACUGUGUUCCAAAACGUGAAACAUCAAAUCAUUUAAAUGAGAUUGAAUUGGAUAAUGGUAGACACUCAACUAGGAUCAACAUUGACCAACAACGUUGCAGUGUAGUGCCAUUAAAUGUUUUAAAUAGUUUGGAGUAUGAAAAUAUAUUAUAUAAUCCAUUGCAAGAACAACCACGUCAACAAUAUAUUAGUGCACAAACUAAUAUUUCCACCACACGAGCUACAAUUAUACCAUCUAGUUCCAACUUAAAUUAUCUGGAGCUUAAUUCAACUAACGUAGCUUCUUUUUCAAGAUCUCCACUCGAUGACGCACCGCCUUCAUAUGACGAGUGCGUUGUGAGCUAUCGUCCAUGACUUCAGAUCUUAAUUUACCAGAAAAUUAGGAAGUCAUUGAUUAAUAUCCAUGUAUAUCCAUGUAUCCCAGGUACCUAUGGGCUAUGAUAUUUAAAGAAAUUAACAAGAUUUUUAUACAACAUCAUCGGAAUUUAAAAUUGUGUGCACCGCGCUUUUGUAAUUUGUAUUUCAUAUGAUAAUAUACCCAAGCUAUUUUAUAAUACUAAAUUAUGUAUGUUACUAACCGAUCAUUGUUGUAUAAUUUUUUUCUAGAAAUUGACCAUCUUAUAUUAAAUAAUUAUAUUGUAUUGUACUGUAGUAAUGUCAAAAAUAAUAUCUACUUAUACCUAUGGUCAGAUAUAAAUAUAUAAUAUAUUUAUUUAUUUAUUUAAUCAUAAAUAAUUUAAUAUUUUGAUAUUGAUUAUUAUGCAUAUAUGUAGGUAUAUUACAUACUAUUAAAAUAGUAAAGAGUAAACCUUACUAUACCUAAAUAUAUAUAAAUAAAUUAUACUAAAAAAAAAAAAGAAGAAACAUAUUUUAAUGUUGAUUUAUUUAUUAUUUAAUAUCAAACAGAUAUGCAAUGUAGAACGUCAUUGACUAUAGGUCUCUGUAAUGGAUAAAUCAUUGCACACAAAAAAAAUACU